AUGGCAUUCUCAAUACAGCCGUCGCCGCGAGUGCUUAGCAAGAGCAUCCAAGCCGCCACCGUUCUUGCUUUGCUCGUCUCGUCUGUCAAGGCGCAUGAGCAUCACGACGACAAGAUCCCGGAAGGCGAGGCUAUCUCACCAGAUCCUCUGGACACGACGCUAUGGAUCCAUAUUCUCGUGCAGACAUUCGCCUGGGGCAUCCUGUUCCCGACUGGCAUGGUCUUAGGUAUCGUCCGCUCGCGAUGGCAUGUGCCUGUGCAGGUCGUCGGCACCGCGCUCGCCAUCCUCGGCUAUCUGCUUGGCCACGCCCAUAAAGGUCGACAAUUUAGCAAGAACGUACACGCUCAAUACGCCCCUUGGUUGAUGAUAAUGCUUUUCGCUCAGAUUGCCUUGGGCAUCUAUCUCAGACUUCACCUCGAGCGUGGCUUCAACGGCAAGAUCAGGAAAUGGGUUAUCUCUGGACAUGGUAUACUCGGCAAGGUCAUUCCAGUCGCCGCUUGGGUGCAGAUGCUGUUUGGAGGAAUCACCGCCUUGGGCUUCUGCCGUGGCGAUCAUACCGGCCAAUGCGCUGCCCAUUUCAUCAUGGGAUCUGCUUUCAUCGGCUACGGUAUCGUCUACACAAUUUUGCUGCUUGUUGGCCAGAUCUGGCUGCGUCGCACUGGUCGCUCCCAGGAGUUCUACGACAGUCUUGUCAUUGCAGCUUGGGGUUGUGUCAACACCUUCACCGAACACAGAUGGGGUACGCCUUGGGUACGCAAUGACCUGCAGCACACCAGCAUGGGCAUUAUCUGGUGGUGCGCUGGUCUCCUCGGUAUGUGGCUGAGUCGCGAUCGUAGCGGCCGCCCGAAGCGCAACUUGAUUCCUGCCAUUGUCAUUGCGAUGACCGGAUGGGCCAUGAGCGGCCAUCCUCAGGAACUAAUGUUGAGUACUAUGGUACACAGCGUUUUCGGUUACACCCUGAUGGCUGCUGGUAUCACUCGUAUCAUCGAAAUCAGCUUCGUCUUGAAGGACGCGAACUCAAUCUCUGAAGACGGUGAAGACACGAACAGCUUCCAAUUCCUGCCUCCUUUCCUGCUGUAUGCCAGUGGUUUCCUGUUCAUGGGUGCUACUGAAGAGCAGAUGCUGCUACUUUCACAAGCUGGAGUCACUCACGUCGCUUAUAUCCUAAUCCUCUACAGCUUUGCCUUCCUGAUGUUCCUCUUCGUGAACAUGCUUCUUCGCCUGUACACCCAUUACGCAGAUACACCGAGCGACAAGAAGGUCGCAGACCCUGAGAGCAGGCUCAACGGCUCUGCUAUGACCAAUGGACAUGCACGUAUCCCAGAUGCAAGCGACCGCCAGAUAAGAGAUGCGGAAGAAUUCGAGUUGGAAGGUCUUAUGAGUGAGGAUGACGAGGACCUUCCAAAGCAACACGCUGGCCGAUAG